CGCACAUCGCACCAUCUCGCCCGAUCACGGCCGCACGCUGGGUUUAUCUGCUGGGGUGACCGAUCCAGAUGGCAGUGGGCCUUUCCGCCGGCGACAACGACGUUGGCUCGCGCAGCGGCGGCGGCAACGGAUACCCCUCCCGGUGGCGCCGGAGGCUGCUCCCGGCUGUGGCCACUCCCGGCAGUGCGGCGGCGCCCCCUCCCGGCGACGGAGUUCCACAGAUGGAGACUCCAAGACUGUUCAACGAGAUUUUUCCGUAUGAACAAAGCGACCUUUCCUGGGUUCCCGAUGGGAUGGAUCCCAGUUCUUGCUACAGGCUUGCUGUUCAUGUAGGUGCUUAGGUAAAGUUUACUGAUGAUGGCGAUCGUGAGUACUGCGAUGCUUGUAGCAACCCUAAGAUUUUAGACAGGAUAGCACAAAUUGGAAGGAUAUGCUAAUUGUCAUCACUCAUCAGUACAGUUGUGUGGAUUUGGUAGCGUCAAGAUAGCCAGAUUUGGCUUAAACCUGACAUUUUAUUUUGCUGGUCUUGCUGAUCCAUUUCCCUUUAUGAGGGUAAAUUAUGUACCGUCAUGUAUUUGUGAACUUGCUGAAAAGUGAAAUCAACCUAAUGUUAUGUUGGCCUCUCUGCUUGGUUAUAUAUUGUUGAAAUGUUGGUUUGAACAGCAGGGGCAUACUACUUGUCCUCUAUAAUAAGUGUAUUUUGAUCUAUUUGAUUAGGAAAUAUUAUUACAAGAACUAUACUGUCCACUAGCAAAUUAGUACUGAUUUAUAGUCUUUUAGCAAAGGAAAUAUUUUAAUGACCUAUGGGAAAAGUCACCUUUGAAGAGUGUCCACCAGCCAAUUUUCCCUUUAAGAACUGGUUGGGGAAACCAUAAUCAAAACCCUUGCAGUCUCAACCCCUUGCCAUUCAGGGAAAUACAAAAGAACACAACACAAAAGUCGACACCGGAUCAGACUUAGCACAAAAAAAAAAAACCACUUCGGAUGAGACACAAACUACUUCUGUGAAUGACGGAAAACAUAAUUAACAAGCAGCAGCAUGUAUCAUACAUCCAUACUCCUACACAAAUUGGAUCAAAAACAGAGGCAGCUUUGCUAUCAGGCGGGGAAAAAACUAUGUGCCAACAGAUAGAAACAACUGAAUGACAUUUAAUUUUCCCCUCAAUUAAUACUCUCCAUAUAAAAAAAAACUAUAAACCAUUUGUUAUUACUGUGUAUCUAGAUAUAGCGUAUAUUGAGGUGCAUACUAAAAAUAUAUGUAUUUAGAAGAAAAGUCAAAACUAUUUAUAGUUUGAAGUGGAGAGAGUAAAAAGCAAAGCGGAAGUGAGAGGAUGUAGUGGAACAUAUUCUAGACAGUUAAUUGCUAUGAUGAUUCCUGGACUUGACCCAACAGAAAUCCCGACAACGACAGGAUGCAAAGACUUGCGGUCUGUCCAAGUCAUUGCACACACAAGGAUAGGACCUGGUCUGGAGUCUCUGGACCUCCAAGUCAAUGCACACACAAGGAUAGGACCUGGUCUGGAGUCUCUGGACCAUACAAUUGCCCAGCCAUCUUGAUGCUCAGCAUAGAGUUCGCAUACAUAAAUCUUUUGUCCUUCCUCAAACUCUGAGGCAUAGAAGGCAAGUGUUCCACUGAGUUCAGUUCAGACAGCUCUUCCAAAUCAUGCUGCUGCAUAGAUUAGGUGUGCAUCAGCUAUGGAUCAGCAUAGUGGUUGUAGCAACACUCUCUGUCGUAGCCAUAGGAGCACUGCCGCCGCCUAGGCCUAGCAGCAGCUGCCAGAGAAAAUGUGGCGGAGUCGACAUCCCUUACCCGUUCGGCAUCGGGCCAGACGACUCGCCCGACCACUGCUCCUUGCCCGGCUUCAACCUGAGCUGCAAGGACGACGGCCAUGGAGUCCUCAGGCCAUUUUACAUAGAUGUGGAGAUUCAGAACAUCUUGCUGCAGCAAGGUCAGGCCAGGAUGAGGAUGGACAUGUCGACUUACUGCUACAACACGUCCGCUAAGGAAAUGGAGGGCCAUACAUGGAUUCUGAACCUGGCAGGUACGCCCUACAGAUUCUCUGACACAGGCAACAUGUUCACAGUUGUGGGGUGCCGAACGCUGGCGUACAUCGGAGACGAGGACAACGUUGGCAGAUACAUGAGUGGCUGUGUGUCCAUGUGCCGGCAAGCAGCCGACGUGAGCUCCCUCUCCAAUGGCUCCUGCUCCGGGAUUGGCUGCUGCACAACAGCCAUCCCCAAGGACCUGCAGUACUACAAGGUCUGGUUUGAUCCAGGCUUCAACACGUCGGAGAUCUACAACACCAGCCGCUGCAGCUAUGCAGCGCUGAUUGAGGAAUCCAGCUUCACAUUCUCUACAAGCUAUGCUACAUCGGCGGCGUUCUUUGAUGCGUACGGUGGGCAGCCGCCAUUGCUGGUGGACUGGGCUAUCGGGAACGAGACAUGCAAGGUAGCCAAGCAAAAGCCUGGCGGGUUGUACGCCUGUGUCGAUGACCGCAGCGAGUGCUUCGACUCAGCCAACGGGCCAGGCUACAUCUGCAACUGCUCCAAAGGGUUCCAGGGGAAUCCGUACCUUGUCGAUGGAUGCAAAGAUGUUGAUGAAUGUAAUGACGAUCCGGCAAAGUACCCUUGCUCUGUGAAUGGAAUUUGCAAGAAUACUCCAGGUGGAUAUGAGUGCAUUUGCCCUCCACAUUACCCCAAAGGCAAUGCUUACAAUGGCACAUGUGAGAAAGACCAAACGAUUCCCCCUAAAGUCACAAUACCAAUAGGAAUUUUUGCUUUAGUUUUGGUUGGCCUACUACUUUUCCUUGGUAAAGAAUGGAUCAAGCACAAACGACGAAUAGUAAGGCAAGAGUACUUAAGCAAAAUGAAUGAAUGUUUUCAGCAGAACGGAGGCCAACUGCUCAUGGAUAUGAUGAAAGUAGAGAGCAACAUUUCAUUUCAGUUGUAUGGCCGAGAAGCAAUUGAGUUGGCCACCAAUAACUUUCACAACAGCUCAAUCAUUGGAGAAGGUGGUCAGGGAACUGUUUAUAUAGGGCAAAAUCUUGAUGAAAAAAAUAAUCCUGUUGCAAUCAAGAUCUGCAAGGGAUAUGAUGAGAGUAGGAGAAUGGAAUUUGGUAAGGAGCUGCUUAUACUCUCUCGAGUAAAACAUGGAAACAUUGUCCAGCUUCUAGGUUGCAGCUUGCAGUUUGAAGCUCCAGUUCUGGUGUACGAAUACGUACCGAAUCAAACCUUGCACUACCUAAUUCACAGCCAAGAUGAUGCAUCCAUCAGAACUCUGGAGAUCCGUCUAAAAAUUGCCAAUGAGAUAGCGUCAGCACUUGCAUACCUGCAUUCACUUAAUCACCCGGUCUUCCAUGGAGAUGUUAAGUCUGUCAACAUCCUGCUAAGCGAUGACCUCUCAGCAAAAGUUUCUGAUUUUGGAUGCUCAAUGAUUAGGUCAGGAAAUGAGACCGCCCAAGUAGUGAAGGGCACAAUGGGCUACUUAGAUCCAGAGUAUCUGAUGAAUUUUGAGCUUACUGAUAAGAGUGAUGUUUACAGCUUCGGCGUUGUUCUUCUGGAGCUCCUAACACGUAGGACGGCACUGUCCAAAACAAAGGAGAGCCUUGUAUCUAUAUUCAAGGAAGCUGUGAAGGAGGACAAGCUUUGGGAUGAUCUCAUAGACAGGGAGAUAGCCAACCAAGAAAACAUGGAUGUAGUGCUUCAGGUGGCUGCGGUGGCAAGCCAAUGCUUGGUCAUUACUGGUGAACACAGGCCAACGAUGAGCCAGAUUGCAGAGGAGCUCCACCAAUUGGCUGGUCCAAUCCCACACAACUCUCGAGCAUUUCACGGUGUUAUUAGCACACACAUGUUGCGGGGACGGUCGUCAAACAAUACGUCGAAUUACAAUACUAGUGAAGAAACCACAGACUACUACAAUCUUCAGAAGAAAGCCUCAAUGAGCAUAGAGUUUGCAAGAUGAUUUUUUUUUAAAAAAAAAAACAUCCAUGCAUGGAUAUUUAUUGCCGCAUUGCAAACAUAGUAAUUGACUUGUACUAUAUUCUGAAGAUGUAUUCUGCAGAUAUGAUGAUAAAGAUAUCAUAACUGAGUUUAAUUUGUUGAAAUGUGUUAUGGUGAUUGUUUUUUUCCCUUGUGAGUUUUGUUUGACAAACACAUAGAGAUGCACAAGUGUGGUGAAAAAUAUAAUGAAAUUUCUAUGAGUUCCA